AUGAAUUGGUAGCUGAUAGAAAGAAGUUGGCAAGAAAGUAUGGUACAGAGCCGCCUCCAACUUGCCAAACAAGCUUUUAUAUAAAUCACCUUCCAGGCAGAGAAAGAGAAAAAAAACAAAUAAAAAUGUCAGGAGUUAAAGGUGACGAUGUAGAAGAAGGUAGUACAACAUCGUCAUUGAUGUAUCCAGGAAUUGGAAAUGAGGAAAAUGAUCUUCGUUGGGGUUUCAUUCGCAAAGUUUACUAUAUUCUCGCCUCUCAGAUCCUCCUAACCACCAUCGUCUCUGCUGUCACUGUCCUAUACCUUCCCGUUAACAACAUCCUUCAUGGCAAAACCAUCCUUCUCAUUCUACUCAUUCUACCUCUCUUGUUGUUGUUGCCCUUGUAUUUCUAUAGACAAAAGCAUCCGUUGAAUUUUGUUUUCCUUGGCCUCUACACUGUAACAUUGAGCAUCUCUCUUGGUAUAGCAUGUGCUACUAUAGAUGGAAAAAUUGUGCUUGAAGCCUUGAUCUUAACAUCAGCUGUAGUUUUAUCUCUUACUGGUUACACAUUUUGGGCUUCAAAGAGAGGCCAGGACUUCAGCUUUUUGGGUCCAAUACUGUUUGCUAGCCUCAUUGUACUUUUCUUGACUGGAUUUUUACAGUUGUUCUUCCCUCUUGGAUCUACAGUCUAUGCUAUUUACUGUGCAAUAAGUGCUAUUGUUUUCUGUGUGUAUAUUGUGUAUGAUACGUACAACCUGAUUAAGAGAUUCACCUAUGAUGAAUACAUCUGGGCUUCUGUCAAUCUUUACCUGGACAUUCUCAACCUCUUCCUAGACAUUCUGCGAUUGAUCAGGCCGCGAAACACAACUAGCUAG